CACAUUGGAUACGGACUUCAAAAGACUGUGGAUAUGUUAAAACAUUUAACACGAAAAGAAGAAAUUUUAUUAUGAUUUUGCCUUAGAACGAAAAUUGUGUUGUGUUUAUGAAUUGUAAUAAUUAGUAAUUUUUUCAAGUGAAACAUUCGACCACAUUAGGCUGUGUCGUCGGAACCAGUUUUGUAAUUAUUGUUACACAUCAUUUGAAAAAUCUGUAAAAUUAUAUUUUGGGUUUUUUUGUCUUGUUCAUUUACUGAAAUUUAUAAAAUUCAUAAAAUUCAUAUUAAGUGUACCAACACCAGUCAUGGAUACCACAAGUCUAAGGAGCACCGCUAAUACAGUUGAUCAUCCGUCAAUCAAUAUGGGUCAUGUGACAACCACUACACAAUUAGUGUAUGACAAUAUAAACAACAACGUGAAACCAACAAUGAAAGAUUAUAUGGACCAGUCAAUGACCAAUGGAAUAGUGGAUGCGACCAAUAGUGAUAAUAGUAGUCCCAAUAAGAUUUGUAUACGGGAUAGAGACGAUGUGGACGAUAGUAUAGGUGAUAGUAAAAUUUGUGAUAAUAAUGAAAAUAAAGUUGGAAAUGGUGAAGUGGCUGAUAGAAAGGACAGCAGUGAAGGAUACACAUAUUUUGGAUUUAUUAAAGUGAAUGCUAAACUGAAGUGGGAUAAUAUCAUUGGAAUUGUUGUCAUUCAUACCAUGUUUGUGUAUUCGUUUCUACAUUGGAGAUAUAUACCAACGAAUAUACUGACAUACAUCUGGGGCUUUCUGUGUGGUGGCCUCGGCGGAUUCGGUGUUACUGGUGGCGCACACAGACUAUGGAGCCACAGAGCUUACAGCGCAACAACUCCGCUACGUGUCAUUCUGAUGUUAUGCUUCUCGCUAUCUGGACAAAAUACACUGUACGAUUGGGUACGAGAUCAUCGGGUACAUCAUAAGUUCUCCGAAACUGCUGCUGAUCCGCACGAUUCAAAUCGUGGCUUCUUUUUCGCACACGUCGGCUGGUUGAUGAUGAACAAGCAUCCGGAAGUAGUGCGAAAAGGACGUAUGCUGGAUAUGUCCGACAUUUUGAACGAUCCCGUUGUACAAUUCCAUCAAAAAUACUUCAUUCCGUUGAAAUUGCUUCUCUGUUUCAUCAUCCCGACGGUGGUGCCGAUGUACUUCUGGGGUGAAUCAUUUUUCUGGUCGUUCUAUUCGCAAUGUGUAUUGCGUUAUGUUUUCAAUUUGAACUUCACCUGGUUGGUAAACAGUGCAGCUCAUAUGUGGGGUACUCGGCCAUACGAUAAGCGAAUCAAUCCUGUUCAGAAUUUGUACGUAUCGAUUGUUGCUAUGGGUGAAGGAUGGCACAACUACCAUCAUGUGUUUCCAUGGGACUACAAGGCGGCCGAAUUGGGACACUAUUUCAAUGUGACAACAUUUUGGAUUGAACAAUUUGCUAAGAUUGGCUGGGCGUAUGAUUUGAAGAAACCAUCGGAAGAAUUGAUCAAAAAUACGAUUCGAAAGCAUGGUGACAAUACCCACCCGAUUACAUUCGGCCAUCAUUUGAGCGAAGUUCCACCACCGGAUGAAUGUACAGACAAAGAUAAAUGAAAAAUUUCUUUCUUUCUUUUUUAUUGAAAUUACUUUAUCGUCAUAUUCCUAGAUUUUUUUAUUAUUUUUAAUUUAAUUUUAAAUUAAUUUAUUUUGUUUUCGAAAAAAAGAGAAGAAAAAAAAUUCUUUCAAAGAGAAAGCAGCUCCUUUAGACGUUUAAAUUUCGGCAUAAAUUUCAAUCAAUCAACAAAAUUCAAUUACUGCAAAUUACCUGCUUCCAAAUUUUUGAUUUCGAUAUUGUGGACGUUCUUGUAGCCGCAUCCCAAAGGCAACACCACGGCAACAUCACUUAAUAAACAAAAAUUUGGAUGCAGUUUUAUGAAUUUUAUUUUAGCUGCUAGUAUAGGUGAGCACAUCGUUCUGCUAAGAGCAGGUUAAACUUUUCGAACUUGUUAGAUUUUUGGGAUCGAAAAUCGUUAAUUUCAUCAAAUAUGGCACUGGAUUAACAUACAGAAAUCAUUUACAUAACUAGUGAUGAAAAGUUCAGUUGGCGUGCGAUGUGAAUUUUAUUGAUUAUCAGACAACUGAUCGGUACAAAUGUCUUCAAGUUAAAUAAAUGAUUUUAGUAACGUUCAGAACGAGUCAGGUGAAGUUCAGUAUGACCACAAAUAAUACGAAACCUCAAAAUCAUUGAGCCGGCCAACCUGAAAAAAUGUAUCAGAUCAACCUUUCAGGCUUGUUAAUGAAGCUGUUUGUAACCAUUUGAGGCUGAACUGCCGGAUGAAAAUGAAAUCCUCAAUUCAGAGAUUGAGAUACUUUUGAGAAAUUCUUUGAGAGAAUUGGGAAAUUUUCCGCGAAAAUUAAAAAAAAUUUUAAGAAUUUUUUCGAUUUCUUUAAAUAGACCUGCUUCAAUUUGUUGAAAUGGGCAAUGCAACUUUUCAAUUUAUUUUGAAAUUUAAGGAGUGUCGUUGAUCAUUUCGACAAAUUUUAGAUUCCGGUUUCACUAGAUCUGGAUUUUUCUGAUUUUGGGUGCUCUCCGGUCAACUCAGGUUCCACGUAACUUAACUCAUACAUUAUUAAAACGCACCGACCGAAGUACGUUGAACGUUGAAACAAACGGUUUUCGAUGUCAUUCUUAAAGUCAUAUUCGGGAAAUAUAUUCAAUGUCGGUUAUCGUCUGGAUUUACUAAAUUCAGGUGAAAAUUUGACCUUUUUUUCAAAACUAUGUAAAUAAUGUUUAGUUCGAAUCUCAAUUAUUUUACAAAAAAAGAAACGAUGGAAAUGAAAGCUUUUUUGCUUGGCAAAAUCAAGAGUCAGUUUUACAUGCAAAUCUUCUAGAAACGCGACCUAUAACAACAACAACAACAAACCAACUAAUUUAUUAAGUAACCUAAUCGUAAUAGACAAAAAUGCGAAAGCAACAAAACAGAGAGAGAUCAAAAAAACCAAAUCAUCGAAUAUCCACAUGGCAAGGUUACAAUUAACAUAGAAAUUAAACAUAAGAAAUUUGAAAAUUAUUUGCUAACGAAAAUUUAUGUGAAAACACACACAAACAACAAAAAAAAAACAAUUUUAAUUAAAAUAAUAAAAAAAAAUUUAAUUCUUUUGUAAACUCUUGUUUUUUUUUUUGGUAAAACAUUAAAUAUACGUAAUUGACGUGAUUGAGAAAUUAGCAUUAAUUUGUGUAAUAAUUUUUGAUGAUUUGCCAGUAAUUAAAUUAGUUAAGCUUCAGGAUAUUGUACUGUUUUUGUUUAUUUUCUUUUGGAUUUUUGUUCAACACACAAACACACACACACACAUUUAUAGAAGAACUACCUGGGCUAAUUAAUAGAAAAUUCGAGACUCUAAGUAGCAAUCGUAUAUAAAUAUAUGAAUAUAUUACGAUAAUAAUUAUGCUUUUUAGUGACAAAACCAAUUUUUAUGUUGGUUCGUUAUAAAUUAUGGCUGACCUAAAGGUAAUAAUAACAAUGGUAGAAAGUCUUUUAUAAAAAAAAUCUGUUUGUUAAAUCAAAAGGUAAAUAUAUUUUUUAUAUUUUU